AUGAUCAGUGGCAAGCUACUCGAUUGCGUUGACUAUGUUGAAGAGUUUGGGGCUAUUGGGCCGCCUGUCAGUCGACUACCUCUGUACCAACUCUCUUCACCUCACAGGUCUCUGCAAGAACGUGCUCUGAAGCUAUCGACACCGCCCGUCGUGCAGAGACCACAAGAUGGCACAGGCCCUGAACAUUGA